AUGGCUACUGAAGAGGAGAGUGUAUCCAAAGAAAUGAAUAAGUGCUUAGUUUUAACCGGUUAUGGUAGCUUAGAUAAAUUACAGAUACUCAAUAGGCCUAUUGAAAAUCCUGGGAAAGGUCAAAUUAGGAUUAAAGUCGAAACAUGUGGUCUUAAUUUUUCCGACAUCAUGAUUCGACAAGGCUAUUGUAACAUCCAUCCAAAGUUACCUUGCGUACUUGGCUGUGAAGUAGCUGGUAUUAUUGAUGCAGUCGGCGAAGAAGUUAAUAAUUUUACGGUCGGAAUGCGGGUCAUUGGCAUUUGUAUAAACCAUCAAGGUUGGAGUUCUUGGGUUAAUUUGGAUGCGGAUCUAGCUUUUGCCAUGCCUGAACAGAUGACAUUUGAAGAAGGAGCUGCGAUACCAAUGAAUUACGUUAUCGCUUAUUUAUUGCUAUUUAGACUUGGCGGAAUACAAGAAGGGCAAACCGUUUUAUGCCAUUCUGCAGGCGGUGGUGUGGGCUUUGCUGUUGGACAAUUAUGCCAAAAAAUACCAAAUAUCACACUUUUUGGGACUAGUUCUGCAUCUAAGCAUGAAGCAGUUAAAGCGAACGGGUAUUCUCAUGUUAUCGAUUACAGAACACAAGAUUACGUACAGGAGAUUCGCAAGUUAGCUCCAGAUGGUAUCGAUUUGGUUUUAGAUUCACUGGGUGGCAUCGAAAGUAAACGAAAUUAUGAUCUCACAGCAGUUCUUGGUAGACAUAUCAUAUUUGGUGCUUCAACAUCUAUCUCGGGUGAAAAUCGUAGUAUUAUGAAAAUGGCCAAAAUGUGGUGGAAUAAUUCUAAUAAAAUCCCAAUACAAUUAGCAACGGAAAAUAAAUCGAUUGGCGGAAUUAAUUUUAGUACUGUCAUGCAAAAGUACCAUGGAAAAUUUCUAACUAAAGCAAUGCAAGAUAUUUUGCUGUGGUACGAUGAGGGCGUUGUUAAGCCCAAUAUUGAUUCCGUCUAUGCUUUAGAAGACUAUGCAGAUGCUUUCCAGCAACUAAUGCAGCGUAAAAAUAUUGGCAAAGUUUUAUUGUCACCUAGUAAAGCACCCGCCGUUAACAUUUCAUCUGCAGCUGCAUCAGUAAUCGAUGAACCAGAGGAGAUAUUAGAAGAGGACUCAGAUAAAAAAGAUGAAAAUGCGAACAUACAGACACCAAAGGAAACUGAGAAUGAUGAGAAUCAGUGA